CUCUCUCUCUCUCUCUCUCUCUCUCUCUCUCUCGUCCUCCUUCUCCUUCCUGUAUCUCUCGAUCUCUCAAUCAUGAACAAGGUAGUAGAUCCAAAAUCCAUGCAGAUCCCCCACUAUCGAUUUUGGAUCUGCUCAGAUGGUGAAGUUUCUGCUGGAGCAUCUGGAGAAAUCGAUUUUGGAUCUACUCCGACGGUGAAGUUUUUGCUGGAGCAUCAGUCUUAAUCGAGUUUGGAUCUGCUCCGAUGGUGAAGUUUCUGCUGGAGCAUUUGGAGAAAUCUGGGUGUGGGAUAUUAGACGGGUCUUGCUGGGCCGUUCAUUGCGAGAGGAAGAUUGCCAGAGUAUACACCCGCCGCGGAUGGAUAAUGGUGUGUAUCACAUGAACAUGCAAGAUGAGGUCAACCAAGUAGUGAUACAUGAGCUAAUUCAUGUUUUUGAUGAUUGUCGGGCUGCUCCGAUGGUGAACUGGGCUAAUUGCCCUCAUCAUGAUUGUAGCGAGAUUCGUGCUGGCCAUCUUAGUGGUGAUUGCCACUGUAAACGUGAAUUUUUGUUGUGCCAAGAAGAUUCGAGAAUUGUGAACAAGCUCAGUUCAUUGAUCAAGACCCUUUGCAACAGCAAGUGCAAUUUUCAUUCAUCCAUCAAAUUUGCAGCAGCAAGUGCAAUUCAUAGAGUAUAGGGCUUUUCAAUUAAGAAUAGGUAUAUUAAUUUUAAUUUGUUUUUUUUUUAAUAUGAAAUUGUGCAGUCACCAUUGCUAGAAAAAGUGUGUUUUCUGGUGAUGGGGCCCACAGUUUCUCAGUCACCAAAAAUCUGAUAGUGGUUUUUUAAAUAUAUGUCACAGCAGCAAUAGAAACCAUAAACUAAUAGUGCCAAAGCUGGUGUCUAUUGCUAUCCCCACACCAAUCAUUGGUGUCUAUAGGAUCAACACACACCAUUCUCAAUGGUAGCUAUAGGCCAGUUUUGUGG